AUGAAAGUGAUUCAGAGCGCCCUACGCGCUCAGACCAACUCCGGGGUAGCUGUGCAUUGCCUAGAUAAGUAUUACCUAUUUUCUUUUAUUUUUACGGGAUAUCGCACGUUCGACCGUGAGAAUCUCGGAAGAAUGUGGCAAGAUACUAUAGGGAAUCAAGGAAAAACGUCCGUGUUCCGACCCGCUGGGCAAAUAGGAUUAGUUUGCGCUGAUGGAGUUGUGUGCCUAAGCGUGGUCGGUACCACCGCAUUCGUAGUCGCUUCGACACAGCGACAGUUUACAGUAUACGAUGCAUUCGCUAUGAGAGUAGCAUAUGUAUCUCUCCCAUUGCAAUGUAGGAUCAAGCAUAUCGCAGCGAGAUUCGAAAAUGUAUUCAUUGUACUAGAAAAUGGACAUAUAUACUCUUUCCAUCGUUAUGACCAAAGACGAUUAGAAAACAGACAUACUUCAGAAGUACUAGGAAUUGUGGUCACUGAAGCUCAUUUGUUGACAUUUAGCCGAAAUGAGGUAAUAUCUUAUGAACAAACAGACCCAGGGACAACACACAGUAACAAACAUGGAGACGACGGAAAAUCAAAACAAUAUCGAAACGGAAUAAACCACAAACAAAAUGACAGUUACACGAUGAUAAAUGGAACUGUCACUCAUAAAAACAAAAGCCAACUGUGGAAACCACGGAAAUCUAUCACAGUCAAAGAUGGGAUGGAAAUCGAUCUGAUACUACCUUUGCUAGGUUUUACUAACAAGGUACUUGUAGGGCUAAGAAAUGGAAUGAUGCAACUAUAUAACGUAACUAAUGGGAAUCUAAUAUACACGUUCCACUUCACAGACUCAGUACUCUUGCAUCAGGUUAAGGAGGGGGGACAAAAUAUCACUGCUGUGGUACAAUCACAACUUAAGUCCAAUGCUAUCGUUGCUGUUGGAUAUCGCAAUGGAGAAGUACUAGUUGUUGAUAUAAAAGUUGACCAAGUACUUGGAUCCUUCAGAUUGUCGAAACAUCAACAACACGCAACCUCAUUAGUAUUUGUAUAUGAUGCUUUGGGGAUCAUGCAGAGAGGUGAAAGGAGCGCUGUAGCUCGUGAGACACUCUUAGUUGGGGCUGAAAAUGGAGAUAUUGUAGUAUUCGAUCUCACAGAAUUCAGAACAUUCAGUGUGGUGGAACAUGCUCAUGCCGGACCUGUACAGAAACUUAUGUACAUUGAACGUGUUAACCAACUGGUCACCUCAGGCACUGACAACGCACUAGUAUUGUGGUCGAUGGACUCUGACAAACACUUUCUACGAGAACUCAAGAGCCGUAGGGGACUUAUAGGUGAAAUCAACCUAAUGAAGACAUAUGAUGCCGACGAAUUGGAUCUUUUGGUCUGUAGUAGUGCAGGGGGUGUAGGUUACCUCUCAAAGGCCUCGACAAUACAACAACUGAGAUGUGCUACCUUCUCCACAGGUGCAGCAAAAAAGAAAUUAAGACGAAUCACUGCAAUAUCAACCUGCUACCAAAGACAUUAUGAUUGGCCAAAUAUCGCAACAUGCCAUCAUAACACAUCAGUGGUACACCUUUGGAGCGGCCACAGACGUGCCCUGGUGAACGGUUUCCUUCGUGCCCCCGGUGUCUCAUAUUCGGCCACGGCAGUAUGCAUCAGCAGCUGUGGCAACUAUGUUGCCGUAGGGUAUGCUAAUGGAUCUAUUCAUCUCUUCAAUCUUCAGAGCACUAAUCAUGAAGAUGAAUUUGUGAUCAGGAAAGGUUCUGAACGCAAAACCGCACAUACAGCACCAGUUAUCAUGCUGGCAUUGCUGGGAGGUACCCAGCUGGUCUCCGUUUCAAGUUCACGUGAGGACCGAUCAGUGAGGCUGUGGAAUAUAGGUUCGAUCUCGCUGAAGGAUAGCUACCAUCCUGAACUUCCACAAGGCGCCCAUGUAUAUAUGGGUGUAUGUGGGAGCCUAUUGACUGCAUUGGCAUGUUCGGAUGGUGUGAUCUAUCUAGUUGACAUCGUCGGUAAAAUGAUUAUCCGAACAAUUCCAUACCGUAAAGUCACAUCCAUAUGCUUCCACCCCAACGGUAAUUGGUUAAUUGCCAACUCCGCAAAUUCGACUAUGAUUAUUUACGACAUCCUGGCAGCAUGUUAUGUGGACUAUAACAAGUUCGGUGGUACUGUUCUAGCCGUGAAUAUCGAUUCUGCUGGUGCAUUUCUAAAUUUGGCACUUUCCACUGCACCAGGCAUGGUACUGCGUUAUGCCAACAAGCACAUAUUUGAAAUAAGCACCAAGACCAUCAUGUAUAAAGAUCUAGAAUCGGAACCCGUACUAAUGGAUCUUCCAUGCAUAGUAAAUGACGAGUCAUAUCAAGCUGAUUCCGGAAUCCCGGAGGCAGGGCCGAGGGAUGAUGAUGGAAAGAUUGAGAUGCGACAAGAAUACAGAUCAGCUACGGGGCCACUAUCUGACGGUCUGCUUACCCUUUCAGGUAUGCGUGCCGGUUGGCUGCAGAGUGUGUUGUUACUCGAUGAAAUCAAGGGAAGGAGUAAGCCUAUUGAGCCUCCUAAACCUGCAGAGGAGCUGCCCUUUUUCAUACCAACGACAUAUAAAGAUGGGCAGCUUGUUUUCCUGGAACCCAAGGCAAGUGACCCUGAGAUGCCAGAAACGGAUAAACUUCCCAAAAGCAAGAUACGCACAACGAAAUCACCAAGUGAUUUUGAGAAAUUACUAUUAAUUAAAGGCGCUGGGACCAAGAAAUAUGAAGAUAUCAUGACUUUCUUGCUGGCACAAACCCCUUCCGGGGUCCACUUGGCACUAUCAGUUCUUAGCACAGAGCAUAGGCACAAAGCAUUGCUGAGCAUGCUUGAGUUCUUUCUACACCACCAGUCUUGUCGAGAGAAUUACGAUGCGCUACAUGUAUUUCUAUACGUGUUCCUACGUUACCAUGGCGAAGAAUUAAGUUCUAUGCAUGGAAACAAAGGUAAACGUGCGAUCAAGCAGCUAGGAAUAGGGCUCCGCGAGGAUAGCUUAUCACUGCAGCGGCACUUUGACCUGGAACAUAACCGUGUUAACAUGGACCGGCUCUACACGUACUUUGUAACGGCAGCCCCGGGUGGCGCUACCCAGGGAGCGCUGAGAUGCCGGCUGGCAAAAGGAUCAGAGAACUAUUAUUUGGUGUGUCUGAAGAAGUCACGUGUAGAUGUCUACUCGUUGGAAAAAAUACGCGGAUACUCUUCCAAUGAAACGGUUGCCGUGGAAUCCCAGACACCCGUUCUAACGGCGUCGGUCGAAGCGCACACCAAUCUACUGACGAUACUGGAGUUCAGACCACCCGGUGCAGAUCAGAGCCACCUGCUGGCAUUGACCUGUAACUUGUUACUGCUUAUAAUGACAUUCGACGCGGAGUCGGGGCGCUUCAUAUCACAACCGUUGGUAUCUUUACAAGAAUCAGGUGCUCAGGAAAUCGAAACGGAUGUUAUACUGCGUGUUGAUCCGGAGUACCAUCUGAUUUUGUUCCAUGGACAAAAAAAAACAAUAAAAUGUAUAGUACUGGAUCCGGAAAAUUAUUUCAACGUCAAUCAUGUAAUAACAAUGAGGACAGGUGAAACAAUAUUCCUGGAUGUAGCAUUCUUUGAUGUAUCGGAGAGGAGCACCCUGAUUACAGCAGCAGGGAGAAAUGGCGACGAACCCAGCUCCUCAAGUGCACAAAGAGCAGCCUCAAUAGCCGCAUUAACGGUACCAUCACAAUUUGUACCUAGACAUACCAAAUCGGUACUAGAGUGUAAGUUACUGCUCAUUGCAUCAAAUGGACACCAUGGAGAUGCACUUUGUGAGGAUCCAGAAAAUACAGGACUAUGGUAUUGCGGGAUAAGAUUGUUCUUCGAAAUAGAACGGUUUAGUGGUGAACGGCAUUUCAAUGCAUACGGUUGUCUACCAUUAUUCGCAGAACCAGUACCAUUGGCAAAAAGAUUUAUACGAUUCCUGCCAUUAAAACUUAACCCUGGACCAAGAAAAAGUGAUAGCGUAUUAUUACUUGGCUCUCAAGGUGUCGGUUUUGUAUCAUUUAGGGACCCAAGAAAUCUAAGGUCCUUCCAUACAGAUAUAUCAGUUGGUGAGAUUACUUGCCACUGUGCAAUCGAAGAAAAUUGGAGGUACCUGAUAGGAGAUGAUACUGGAGCAUUGUACCUACUCGAACUGAUUGAAUCACGGAUGUCAGUUAGCAGUGCAUUGAAGAGAAGGGUACGUGCAUCGGAUGCAGCUCCACCAACCUCAAAAAUACCUCAUGUUGGAACAUGUAACGCUAUAGUAGAUGUGAUGACCACGAAAAUAGGGAUAUACGCUCCACCUUCAGCUCUCGUUAUGAUAGCACCAACUAUAGUCUAUCUUGCAGCUAUUGUGGGACACUGUAGGACUGUGCGAAUCACCGGACUUGAGGGGAAUACAAUCUCUACCUCCGAGGUCGCCAACGAUAUACAUGAUCUCUCGAAUACACAGCAAAUGCAGACAUCAUCUAAUUCGACUUCUGGACGACAAGGAAGUUCGAACUAUGCCAGUUAUCAUGACCAAGAUGAACCUAUGGACGAUUGUGCGACUAUUGGUGCUGCAGAUAGGAAACAAAACCGUUACGCAGCUUCUGAAACAUGGAUACAAACCAACUUGGGGCCAAUACUUGACUUUACGUUUGGACCACAACGUGAUUAUGGAUCCGUACCAAUCAUUGCCUGUUGCGGAUACGGUGCUGAGGGCAGGGUAUGUAGCAUCACGCAAGGGGUGGGAAUAGAUCUAUUUGCGUCACAUGCGGUAGACGGGGUACGCGGACUCUUUGCUAUAGGGAUCCCAGAUAUAAGGAUUAACACAACAGAUGUUAUUGUAUGCUGCGCAUUCUUCAACCACACGCAGUUCUACAAAAUCACACUACCACACCCAAAGAUCUCACCUGAAGAACUCAAUCGUACGGCAAUAGACCCGAUAGAACCACCUAAAUGGGUAGUAACACCGAUAGAUGCUACUUCAAGCGGCCUCUUAAACCACUCACGCACUCUCCUGCUUACACCCAUUGAUAAUGACCGAGUGCUACAGGUAACGGCUGCAGGCGUAUGUAUCGGCAAAGCUACUGAUAACGCCAGCCAGCCUGUGUUCUACAGUGUAGACGAUAUCUGUACCGCUGGUAAUGUAGACCGCAGCCUCGAGCAGUAUCAAGCUACUGUGGUUGCAGCAAAUGUGUGCGACUCGGGGUUGUUUUUGAUGCUCUCGACGCAUGUAGUACUUAUUGUGGACAUUAUGGAUGGACUCCGAGUGUUGCGUUGGAAACAGAUGCUCAAGCAGAUGUCCGGUACCGCUUAUCUUAGCGGGUCCGAUUUCCGUAAACCACGGGCGACGGGGAUGAUUGCAUUGUCCUCCUGGGAAGACACGGAGAUCAUACUGCUAAAUGCUGAAACCUUAGAUCUUUUACACAGGGGAAAGGUGGUAUGCGGAUACGGUGUGGCCAUUUUGGCUGUAAAGUUUGGUGUAGUAGGUAAUACGGCAUACGUCUUUGCGGCACUGUCCGAUGGCACACUAACUGUCCAUCGUCUGAACUUUGGAGAGCCCGAUGGACCGAACGCCCAUGUCGAAAUUGUCUUGGAAAACGUUAUUAAAGUAGGCGACGGUAUGAUAGGACUCUCCUCGCUGGUAGUAUCUCCCUCGCAGAGCAGUCUUCGCUCCUGCAAUCUCUCAAAGACUAGAAUAGUGACCACAGGGCCAUUCCCAAUGUUAAUAUACGCCAAUAGGGGGAAGCUGGAAUAUGUGCCUGUCAAUGUGCCGCACAUAUCAACUGUAUGUACCAUUGGAUUCACAAAUGGACAUUUGGGAGCUGGAGUGCUGUUGAUAUAUACGGACAACCAUGGUCAACUUUGUGUAGGAGAUCUUGAUACCAUAAGCCAGUUGCAUGUUGAAACCAUAUGCAGUGGUAGAUCAUUCGACAAGAUAUGCUACCAUAGAGAAACCGACCUCGUGGUGGUAAGCUGUCUAGGUGAACUGAUAACUAGCGCCGAUGAUGUAUGUGACACUGUAAGGGAUGAUACUACGUUCCGAUGUAUCGAUACUUCAUCGUCCAUGCCAAUACCUGGUGUUCACUUGUUGGAACCUUGUGUUAGGUUCAUCACUCUACAGUCGAAGGAGCUGAUACACACAUUCAGACUGCCGCAGAGACAUGUGGUAUCGAGCCUAUGCCUUGUACCUUUUGAAGGACCAAGAACACUUAUCGCCAUGGGGACCUCGUUCCUCUCAGACAGAGAUGAAGUGCCAAGACACGGUCACAUCUUUUUGAUAGAUAUUCUGAAUAGCGAUCGGGAUAAAUGGGAUGUGGUAUUCUUGCGUACCGUAACUUCGGUGGGAGCAGGCGUUGUAGAGAUGACUCCGUGCUGCAAUUCUCUAGUUGUAGCUCUUAACGACGCGGUUACUGUGAUGUCACUGAGGAGGGACGAUACUCCUUCCCUAAGUCACAGUCACGGGCAGUCUAUAACAAAAUCACACAAAUUGGAGGUGUUACACGCAUCGGAUGAGAACUAUGGCAGCUUCUCGCUUAUUGUACGUGCAGAGUACAAAUCGUGCUCGUACGUUAUCUCCCUUGACGCUCAUAAGGAUGUGAUUGUUGUAGGUGACCUUAUGAACUCGGUGCGCAUGCUCCGGUGGCGUGGUAAUGAGCUCCGUGAGGUUUAUAAAGACUUCAAUAGCGUAUAUUGCACAGCUGUCGCAGCUAUCGACAAGACACAUUGCGUGAUCUCUGACAGCUCGGGCAACUUUUAUGUAUUUGGCAAACGAUACACAGCAACGAAUGACCUUGAGGCUAUGAAAGCUGUAGAAGUGGGUAUGUUCCACCAUGGUGAAAAUAUCAACCGUAUUCGUGUAAACCCAGUAUCAGAACGGCUUGCAACAAAGGUGGAGCAUAAACUUCCAGAUCGCGAUAUGCCUGAAUUUCACCAAAAAACACGUUGUACUCGACUAUUCUGCUGUGUACCGGAUUCCCUGGCGCCGUUAAACCCACAUUGUGACACUGGAGAAGUUUUACGUGGUCUAGCUCGUCCUAACAAGUUUUGGAACUAUGAGUUUAAGUGCAUUCUAACAUGCGUUACUACCACGGGGUCGCUCCUUCAACUGUGCAUUUUCGAAGAUGAGCGUUUAUUCUACCGCCUGUCGUUAAUAGAAAAUGCUAUAAAUUGCGUGCAGAAAUCCGCCGGUAACGUAUCUAACCUUCAUUGGCGUGCUGUGAAGAACCGUUGGAUGAUGUGUCCUUCCCGUGGUUUUGUAGAUGGUGACGUUCUGGAGAGUUUUGCUGAACUUGAUAAGCCGUUGCGAGAUCAUGUGUUUGACGAGGUAGUGAGAGCCGAAUCAAACGGGCUGUUCUAUUCGCCCGACCUCUUGGCGUUAGAAAUAGAACAUAUCCGCCGCCUGCGAAGGUGA